UACUGUUUUUGAUCGUGGAUUGAAUUUGUGUUAUCACAGAAAUAAUAAAGCCUUCAUAAGAACAAAUCAAGAUAAACAUUGCUCUGACAUCAAGACAUGCAAGGCGGCCGCCAACGCCGUCGCCAUCCCCGUCGUCGACCUCUCGGAAUCCGGCGCCAAAACUGUCAUCGCGGACGCCUGCAGAGACCUCGGCUUCUUCAAGGUGAUCAACCACAGAAUCUCCAUGGAUUUCCUGGCCGAAAUGGAGGCAGAGGCCAUGAAAUUCUUCAAACUGGCGCCGCAUGAGAAGGCGCAAUUCGGGCCCCUUCGGCUACGGCAGCAAGGUCAUCGGCCCCAACGGCGACGUCGGGUGGGUCGAGUACCUCCUCUUCUCCACCAACCCCGACCACAUCUCCCGCAACCCUAACUUCGCCGCGCCGGGGAUCUCCCAAACAUUAUGGGAGAUGGUGAGCGAGUACGUAUCGGCGGUGCGAGAGAUGGCGUGCUCGGUGCUGGAGAUGAUCGCGGAGGAGCUGGAGAUGACUAACGGGAGGUUCCCGAGCGUGAAGCACAGGGUGUUGGCGGCCCCAUUCAAGUUCCAUCCGACAAGUGCGCGAGCUCCUUCCUAUUCAUCUGUUUUUUCUUUUGUUUUGAUUGCUAAAGUUAUUUUUGCCUCUUUUUUAUUGCUUUGCAGCUGGCCAUCUACCACACUUCCAGCGCUCGCUGGAACUUAG